CUUGACAGUGAGGGUUUAUGAUGAGACCCUGUUGCAGUCGAACGUAAUUGAGGGCACCUGUUUGACUCUUUACCAUUGAUCUGGAUCUGGAUGUUUCCAUGGAUCCAUUCAUUUUCAGUUUCUGACUUCAGCGAACUGCUUGGUUCGAGCUUCCCAAUCGACCACCCCCCAGACUUCAUCUUCGCCAUGUGACAUGGCGCAGAGCGCCCCGGUCGAAACACCCUCGCCCACGGCACCCGCCAUGGCACCGGCCACAGUGCCUGCGGUUACGGCCGUGGCGCCCGUGCCGACGGCCACACCCACGCCGACGGCCACCCCCUCGGCACCGCCUGGGACGCCUGCAGCACCGCCCGGGACACCGGUGGCCCCCGCCGGGUCGCCGGACGCCAGCCAGGGACUGCCUACGCCCGUGACGAGCGGGUGCGGCGACGCCUCGACGGCUCAGCCCAUGCCCGCCGCGCUGGCCAUGGCGGCGAAGGCAGUAGCGCCGUUGGAGCAAGUGCAACGGAUCUUCGCGGAGAGGAGUAAGGAGUUGAACACUGCCUUGGGGGAGAUGGAGGUGAAGGUGAACUCGCUGAUGCGAACACCUGAGAAGUCUCCACAGCUCAGUUGGGAACACCGCUGUGCUGUCGCCGUGGGCGAGCGCAGCGGUGAGGGAGCUGACUCUGCCAACCUGCGCGAGCAUGCUUGUUGGCUUUGGUCCCGUUUGGGCCUCUCACUGAUGUCCCUGGAAGACCGCAAUGCCAUGCUGGAGGAGGAGAACAAGCGCUUAGAGCAGGACUUGGAACUUCUGGAACAGCAAAUCCGCGAGACGAAGUCGGCCAUCAAAGGCCACUCCUCCGCAUCCAGCCACACUCCGCAUCCCAGGGCCCCGCCUCCAUUGGACACAGAUGAGGUCCUAUCUUCACCUAUGGAGGCCAGCGCCUUGACCACGCCCACCCAGAGCACCACAUCACCUAAGAACGCCACGGCUGCCGCCUCCGCGCACCGGGCACCGGCACCGGCGUCGUCGGCCAACGUGACCACGCCGCCCACGUCCGUGCCCAGCUCCAUCUCCGCGCCCGCGCUGGGUGCGCGCACGGUGAGCUGAGCCGAAGCCAAAA